CGGUAUUUUUUAUCGUCCUUGUCAUUGCUUCAUCAGUCCGCUAGAAUUCAGUCCGUCGCGUAAAUUAGGCGUCGUUUAUCUCAUCGCGACAGCCUCCCCGUUCUUCUUAGACUGAAAUAUCUACUGUCAAUCACCUUCGUGUCGCAGACAGUCGCGUGCGAUGGGCACAGUAACGGACGACAGACCUGGCGACGGUCCCGCAGCCCGCGAUGCCUCCGCCACCCCGGCCACCGCCAUCGCUGCGGCUUCCGGAAAGCGCAAAGAGCGGGAGGAAGGCCCGGGGACGGCGUGGACGCGGGGCAGCAGAGGGAGAACCGCGAAACCGGGGGAACGGCGGAAGCAGCGGUCGGGCGGAGUGCGGGGGAAGCGGCGGAAGGGCGGAGUGUUGGGGGAGCAGAAACGGGCGGAAGGGGAGUGGAAGCGGGGGCGGGAGCGGGAGCGGAAGCGGCGGAUCUGGGUCCAGUGGUGGGACCGGCGAUGCCUAAGGCGAAGAAGAAGAAAAAGCCGCUGGAGUUCGAACGAGUGUACCUGGACGCGCUGCCGAGCGCUGAGAUGUAUGAAAAGAGCUACAUGCACCGAGACUGGGUGACACACGUGGCCGUCUCAGAUGCUGAUUUCAUCAUCACAGGCAGCAGGGACGGCCACCUCAAGUUCUGGAAGAAGAAGGCAGUGGGGGUGGAAUUCGCAAAGCACUUCAGAGCACACCUGGGGCCGGUGGAGGGGCUUGCAGUCAGUGCGGACGGCACUCUCUGCUGCACCAUAAGCUCCCAAGACAAGGCAGCCAAGAUAUUCGAUAUAGCCACCUUCGAUAUGAUCAGCAUGCUUAAGCUGCCCUUCGCUCCCUCCGCCGUCUGCUGGCUCUUCAAGCCCGAUAACGCUAAAGCGAAGCUCUCUAUAGCGGAUAAGGACUCCCCGGAUAUUCAUAUAUUUGACGCGAGGGGUGGGACGAACGAGGCGGUGGGGAGAGUGAAGGUGCACGGGGCGCCGGUGGUUGCCAUGCAGUACAAUACCGCGGCUGAUGCUGUUGUGUCUACUGAUUCGAGUGGGCUCAUUGAGUACUGGAGCGCAGAGACUUACACAUUCCCUUCCUCUCGCGUUCGCUUCAAGUACAAGAUUGACACGGACCUGUAUGCUCUGGCAAAGGUUAAAACCACGGCGCCAUCACUGGAAAUAUCCCCAGAUGGUUCCCAGUUCGCCACAGUAUCACCGGACCGGCGCAUUCGGGUCUUCUGGUUCGCCACGGGCAAGCUCAGGCGGACCUAUGACGAAUCUUUGGAGGCAGCACAAGAGCUCCAAAGAGGAGACGUGCCGCUCUAUCGUCUCGACGCGAUUGACUUUGGGAGGCGACUGGCGGUGGAGAGAGAAAUGGAGCGGGAGAGGGAGAAGGAUGAUGAUGUGCCAACGCCCAAUGCCGUCUUUGACGAGACAGGCAACUUCAUCAUUUACCCAACACUUUUGGGGAUAAAGGUUGUGAACCUGCAUGAGAACAAGGUGGCUCGCAUCUUGGGGAAAGUGGAGAGCAACGAGCGGUUUUUGCGCCUGGCGCUGUACCAGGGGGGCAAGGCGGCGAGGCGGAUAAGGAAGAUAGCGUCCAUCGCCAACUCGCAGGACGCUAAAGGCGGGCCGUCGGUGGAUCCCACCGUUGUUGCAUGCGCCUUCAAGAAACACCGCUUCUACCUCUUCAGCCAGCGCGAGCCAGAGGAGGGCGAGGAGCCGUCUCAAGGAAGGGACGUGUUCAACGAGAAGCCACCGCCCGAAGAGAUGCUCGCUCUUGCUGAUGUUGCGAGAACCAGUGCCUCGGCCUUACCUGACAGUGUGGUCGUGCACACCACUAUGGGCGACAUCCACCUGAAAUUGUAUACGGAAGAAUGCCCCCGCACUGUCGAGAAUUUCACCACGCACUGCGGCAACGGGUACUACGACGGGCUGCUGUUCCACCGCGUGAUCAAGGGCUUCAUGGUGCAGACGGGGUGCCCGUUGGGCGACGGCACGGGCGGCCAGAGCAUCUGGGGGGGAGAGUUCGAGGACGAGUUCCACAAGAGUCUGCGCCACGAUCGCCCGUUCACACUAUCAAUGGCCAAUGCCGGCCCCAACACCAAUGGCAGCCAGUUUUUCAUCACCACUGUUGCAACGCCUUGGCUGGACAACAAGCACACUGUGUUCGGACGCGUGGUUAAGGGGAUGGAUGUUGUACAGCUCAUUGAGAAGGCCAAGGUGGACCGUAACGACAAGCCUUACGAAGAUAUUAAGAUUCUUAACGUUACCGUGCCUAAGUAGGGCCUUUCCUGCGUGCUGAUUGAUGAAUUUUGCUCUGGUUUACUUACGCUGGACCGCAACUAUUACUUUAACUGGAAGUUAUAGCUUUGUAACGAAGAAUUGAAUUGUCCUCUC